AUGGCGACGUCGGCCCUGAUCCCCACGAAUCCCGCGCGGGAUUGCGUGCAACGCAUCCACCGCAUCACCAGAGAGAACCGCAGCCUGUGGUAUCAAUUGACCGUCCUCCAGCAGCCCGAACGAGCUCGAGCCUGCGGUUCGGGCAUGAAAGCCAACAGCGAUCGACGACCGGUCGAUCCUCCGCCCGUCGUGGAGAUGCGCAUCGUCGAAGGCCCCUCGGUCGAGGAGGGCAAGGACAUCACCUUCGACUACAACGCCAACUUCUUCCUCUACGCCAGCCUCGAGCAGGCCCGCACCAUCGCCCACGGACGCAUCCAAGUUCCCUCGGCCAGCAGCAACCCGCCCAUCCUCACGGGAGUCCCCGCCGCCGGCAUGGCCUACCUCGACCGGCCGGCCGAGGCUGGCUACUUCAUCUUCCCCGAUCUCUCCGUCCGCCACGAAGGCUACUUCCGUCUCUCCUUCAGCCUCUUCGAGACGACCAAGGAGGAAAAGGACUUUGAUCUCGAGCCCUCGGAGAGCGACCUCCCACCCGGCGUCGACUGGCGGAUGGAGAUCAAGACGCAGCCCUUCAACGUCUUCAGCGCCAAAAAGUUCCCCGGCCUCAUGGAGAGCACCCAGCUGAGCAAGACGGUCGCCGACCAGGGCUGCCGGGUGCGCAUCCGCCGCGACGUGCGCAUGCGGAAGCGUGACGGCAAGACGGGCGGCUACGACAGGCGAGACGACGACUACGCGCCCCGGAGAACGGUGACGCCCGCCGCCGACGACCCCCACGCCCGCUCUCUCAGCAACGCCGGCGUCCCGCGCCCCUCGUACGCCGGUGACUCGUCGAGGCGGACGUCGGGCGUCGACCCCUACGCUCCCCCCGCGCCGCCGUCGGCCUACGACCAGCCUUCCCAGCCGGCCCGUGGCCACCUGACGUUCGGGGAGGCGCAGGCUUCCGUCUACGCCGCCUCGCGGCAGUGCCCGCACCAGCCUGGCCUCGCCGCCCCGACGCCGUCGCCCUGCGGGCCCUACGCGAGCACGCCGUCGCACUUCUCCCUCCACCACAGCCGCGCCCUGAGCUCGACGGCCGCCACGUCGGUCUGCUCGUCGCCGUCGACGUCGGUCAAGAACGAGCUGCUCGACCGAUCCGGAGCCGCCUGCGUCCCCCCCUCUCCUUCGGCCCAUUCCUCGGUCGACGGCCAUUCCCGCCGGGAUUCGCAACCGUCGUACCCGGCGACGCCCAUGCUGCCGCGCGGUUACCAUCAUCCGUCCCUCGCGCCCCUGAAGAUUGCCUCGCUCGUGUCGCCCCUGCCGCGCAUCGAGGCGCAGACGGCGCCCCUCACGCUGCCGCCCGUCGUGCCCACCGGCGGCAAGCGGAAGCACGAGCUGGUCUUCCAGCAGUGCGCCGAACCCCUCCACGACGGACGGAGGCAGCAGGACUUUCACUACGCCGGCUACCGAGGCAUGUCCGACCUUGGCCAGGCCAUGUACUCGCGCGCCGACGGCAAGGUCGGCGUCCUCCAGUUCAGCGACUGGCAACAGUGA